AUGACCGUACUCACCAGGUCAAAUUUGGAGAUUCAGACUCAGCUCGGGGGACAACAGCAGGCGAACUGGAUUGGAAGGGUCGUCGAAAUGAAGGACAGCGUCAUGCCGGUGGGCGUCAAAAAUAACGCCGUCAAGAAGUUUAUGUCUUACAUUCUACGCGUAAUCAAUGAUCACCUCAUGAAACCGUAA